UGGACGAUAAAGUGAAGUUAACUUCACGGCAGUGUGACCUGUUUGUUAGGUUAUGAGAGUGACAGUGACAGACCAGUGAGUUUUAAUAGUAAAGUUCGUCGAAGUGGAAGAUAAGCAAAUAUAUUAGGUGUCAACUGAGAUCCCAAAAUAAGUGUGAAGAAGAAACAACGUGCUAUCUGGAAUUGAAGCUUUGGAGCUGCAUAAAAUCCUUUCUGGGAGCCAAUUUCAACACAGUUGUACCUUCUUAGUGUAAUUUAGUUAAGUACAUACAGUUAAUAGAGCAGGAAUAUUAACGAAUACUGAAGCGGUAUAGUUGGUAAUAAAGAUAAAUUAAACACAAUAAUGGUCCCUGAAAGAAUACAGAUUUCUUUGAUGACGGAAAUGGAGACCUUACUAAAUCAAGGUCAAGAUAUAAAUGCUCAAGAUGAAGACGGCCCGAACACUUCUGGACAAAGCAGUUUGGAGGGGUUCAGAGCCUGCAGUUGAUCUACUGCUGGAGAGGGGAGCAGAUGUUAAUAUCUGUAACAACAGAGGAAGAUCUCCUUUACAUCUGGCUGUCUAUAGAAACAAUGCAACUAUUUUGGGACAAUUAUUUGAGAAAGGGGGCAAUCUAAAUCUUAGAAAUGAUAAAGGGAAAUCUGCUCUUGAUUUAAUAAUUAAAAGAAGAUAUUUUAAAAUGAUUGAAACUCUUAUAGACAAAGGAUUUGAUUUUGAAAACGAAGGGCACGACUUCCCACUCCUUCAUUAUUUUGUUUACAAACAUUUUGUAUCGGGUGUGGAGUUAUUGUUAAAGAAAGGAGCAGAUUUGAACCAAGAAGACCUACGAGGUAGACGCCCUCUUCAUAUCGCCAUUAGCAGGUGGUACACUGAUAUUACACACAUGCUUCUCAAAAAAGGUGCAUUAGUGGAUAUUAGGAGUAAUGGUGAUGAGACACCUCUUCACUGUGCUAUUAAAAACUACUUUAAAGCUGGUGUUGAGUUAUUGCUUAGGCAAGGUGCUAACGUGAACUUAAAGUGUGACGAUAUUACACCACUUCAUAUGGCUGCUAAAAAGGAGAAUGAAAGUGCAUUUGAUGCAUUGUUAAAUUAUGGUGCCAAUAUCCAUGAGAGAGACUGUAAAUAUAAUACAGUUUUACACAAUCUAGUUGCAGCAGAUUUUGUUUAUGGUAUUAAAGCAAUUUUAGAAAGAGGAGCCAAAGUAAAUGAAAAAAAUAGUGCUGGUCAAAGACCUCUUCAUUUUGCUAAGUCAGAUGAGGUAUGUGAAAUAUUGCUGGACAAUGGAGCUUCAUUGGAGGUUACGGAUUUCCAUGAGGGAAAUACACCUUUCCUAACAGCAGUCCAGUUUGAAUUCAGUACUAUUAACUUUCUGUUGGCAAGCGGAGCAGAAGUUAAUGUGAGAAACGAUAAAGGACGAACAGCGCUUCAUCUGGUAAAGGAUGAUUAUUUAGUAGUAGAAACUAUAUUGGAUCAUGGCGGGAAAGUUAAUACAAAAGACAAUGAAGGAAAUACUCCUCUCCACUUAUAUAUUUAUCGUGGAAAUGAUCCUGAAUGUGUUAAUCUUCUGCUUAAAAGGCAAGCAGAUGUAAACAUAAAGAACAAUGCAGGCCAUACUCCUCUCCAUGCGGCAGUGUUAAAAAACAAAGAUAUGAUUGGGCUUUUGUUAAGUAAUGGUGCUGAUGUUUCCCUAAAAGACAAGAAAAAUAAGUCACCACUUCACCUUGCAAUGUACCAUUGUAAUGAAGAUAUGAGCUCAGAAAUACCUUUUAUGUUGUACAAGGAAGUCAUAUCGAAUUUAAAUGAAAGUGACGCAAACAGACCUCUUCACUUUGCUGUUGCAAAUUGUGGUUAUAAUCUGGUCAAAGAAUUGAUAGAUAAUGGAGCUUGUGUGAAUUCAAAAAACAGCAAAUGUCAAAGUCCUCUGCAUAUUGCUGUUUCAAGAUCAUUUCAACCAGCAGUUCGGCUACUGUUGGAGAAAGAAGCAAGGGUGAACGAAAGGGAUGCUGAAAACAGAACCCCCCUUCAUUUGGCUGUCUUAGCAAACAAUAGUACUUUAGUUGAAGCAUUAAUUAAUAAAGGUGCAGACCUAAAUAAUAAAGACAAUCGAGGAAGUACCCCUCUUCAUUAUGCAAUUUUAACUAAAAAUUUGUCAUUAACCGAACUUCUUUUACUCCGUCGAUCAGAUGUAAAUCUUCGAGAUAAGUGUUAUAGAACACCUCUUCAUUUAGCGGUUUUGUACAAGUUUAGCGAUGGAGUUAAUCCUUUACUUGCCUAUGGAGCCAAAGUAAAUUUGAGGGACAAGAGAAGGAACACACCUCUUCAUUAUGCAGCUCAGAAUAAAUCAGAGUCAAUGUUGAGAAAACUAUUGAAAAGAGGGGCUUUAGUUGAUAUUCGAGACUCAAAAGGAAGAACUCCCCUCCACUUGGUUCUUAAAUACCGUGUGUGGGAAAGUGGUGACUGUGCUAGUGUGUUGUUGGAUUACGGGGCAAAUAUGAGCGUAAAAGAUUAUAAAGGGAAAACACCAUUAGAUUAUAGAGAGUGUUACGGUAAUCUGCUAAAUGUUGUUUCAAAAUUCAUUAUUAAAACUGAAUGUGCUAAUUUAGAACUAAAUCUGAAUAAAGAAGUUGCGUCAGACCUCCUCAAAUAUUAUAGUGAACUUGUUCCUUUUCGAACCAAGUGCUUAACAGAACUGAAGCACAUGAAAACAAAGAAAAUUGGCAUCAAUAAUCUCUAUGAUGUUUUUUCCCAAUACUGGGAUCCAACAUUUUCUAUAAAACAAUCCAUGGAAGACGCUAUAUAUUCUCCUAAUUUGGAUGUAGAGUUUCCAUUAUAUGCUCCACUUUUGAGAGUUACAUUUGAGAGGGCAAAAGUUAGGCAUCAACUGUUAAAUUUAGCAGUUGAAAGUGUUAGUGCUAAAAUUGAUAUAACAUUGCCUAAUGAGAUGAAAAGACAUAUUAUGUCUUAUUUAAGUGAUCGAGAAUUGAAGAGUUUAUUGAAUAAGUAAAGAUAUGCACUAACAUUAAUUGUGUAUAUUAAAACUGCAUAUAGUAGGGUGUAGUAAGUUGCUGAAAAAUAUGACAAUUCAUUGUGUAGCAAGUGAGUUUUGUGAAUUAGUCUCUUUAAAAUAUAACAGUGUAACUUGUUAACAUAAGUGGCACAUCUUGAAUAUAAAGAUAAAUUUAUUACUAUUUUUACUUAUUAGAUUAAAGGGUAUAAUGAGCCAUUAUUGUGAAAUAUGUUUCUUUUAUUAAAGGUGUUAAUAGUUAACUAUAUAAAGAAUAUUAUUGGUUUACUUUAGUUUUAGUUUUUUUACUAUUUGCUCCUAAUUAUAAUUGUCUGAUAGCCAUGUUGGAUCAGAAACGUUUUUAGAGAUAUGUAAGGAUUAAUUAAUUAGUAGCAGAGACAAUUUUCCAUUUUAACCGAGAAUAUACACAUUUUUGUUUAUUGUUUUACUUUUAUUUUAUCUAUAUGUAUGGAAUCCAUUAAAAUUGUAGAAAAUACCAAAAUAAAAUACAUGGCAAGUGUAAACAGUUGUACAUUACUCUCAAUUCUAUAGUGAAAUUAAGAAUUAUAACAAAUGUUUACGAUAAUAGAAUAGAAUAUGCUAACUAUGCUAGAUUACCUAUAAAAGUAUAAUGAUUUCAAAGAAAAUAAAUAAAUAUAAACUUUGCCUUGAAUUUACUAAUCCAUACUUUCAGGAAAUGUUUGAUAAAGUACAUUCGAAUUCGUUUGAACUACAAUGUUAUAUGCAAUAAUUUUUAACAACCUUACUUGACAGUGAUAAUAAUAUGUAAACAAAGGAAACCAAAUUAACAUUAUAAAGUCGACUAGCUAUUUGUCGAUCUAUCCAAUUGUUUUUUUUUUUUUUUUUAUCUAUUUCUGUUGUGGUGUUAGUAGUUUUCUUAACAUUCACAACUUCACCUAGGUUUACAUUCAAGUUUGUACAGCCCCUUGUUAACCUGCCCAUUAAAUAGAUUAAGGACAGCAACUCGAUGUUUUGGAUAUAGUGAUACAAUAUUUGAAGUUUCAUUGUUUUGAUGAUUCCUUUUUACAAUAAAUUACAAAGUGUUACUUUUAUAUAAGCUUAUAACGUAAUUACUUAUAAUAUACUGUACCAUGCAUUUAAUACUUAAUACGAUAAUUUAUAUAAAUUAAAUUGAAUGUUUAGUUGACCAGUGUUUGUAUAAUAUAUUGUAUAAAUACCUAGUGUACAUAGUGUUAACCUAGUAAAAUUUACUAUACUACUUUUAUUAAACUUUUUGCUGACGA